GUGUGCGAUAACUCCCUCCCCGCAGGCACCAUGGUGCGGAUGAACGUUCUGGCCGAUGCUCUCAAAAGCAUCAACAACGCCGAGAAGCGCGGCAAGCGCCAGGUGCUCAUCCGGCCGUGCUCCAAAGUCAUCGUGCGCUUCCUCACCGUCAUGAUGAAGCACGGUUACAUUGGUGAAUUCGAGAUAAUUGAUGAUCACAGAGCUGGGAAGAUUGUUGUCAACCUCACAGGCAGACUCAACAAGUGUGGUGUAAUCAGUCCCAGAUUUGAUGUGCAGCUGAAGGAUUUGGAAAAGUGGCAGAACAACCUGCUGCCUUCCCGUCAGUUUGGGUAUAUUGUCCUGACAACCUCAGCUGGCAUCAUGGACCAUGAAGAGGCGAGACGAAAACACACAGGAGGCAAAAUCCUGGGGUUCUUUUUCUAAAACUUGUAAAAAAAGAGGAUACUAAUAAAUUGUUCAAAUGGACUCUGG